GAAGGCGUACGCUCCCUCCUUGUAAUGUUCGAAACCCAACUAGAUACCUAGCGCUCUCUCUCUCUCGCUCUGCCUCCCAAGGUUCGAGAAAGUGCAACAGAAUCGCUCCAACCUAUAAAGAACACCAACCCACCCUAAUCCUCAAAGUAAGAACCCCUCUAAAGAAGAAGAAGAAGAAGAAGAAGAAGAAGAAGGAGAAUUCUUGCCUUAGCCCAGUGCUCUCUUGCCUCUCACCCUCUCUUCUCUUCUCGCUAGUCCCAUGUAUACGCAUCAAAGAAAUCAAGCAAAAUUAGUAAUCUUCGUGUGAUUUGUCCUUCACCUGUACCCCAAUAAGUACCUACAAGCUAGGUAGGAAGAAGAGAUUAUACAGGGACAAAUUAAGAGAAGAUAUAUAUGGGUUGCAGCGGUAGCAGUUGCUCUUUGUCUUUCAAGGUGUUGCUCGGGGGGAUUGCAACGGUGGUGUUUGUAAUGCUUUUGUUGGUUGGAGCCUUGGAAAGUGGAGCAACGUCCAAAAUGACAACCAGCAGGCUAAAUAGUGUUCAGGCUACUCAAAAUGACCUGAAAGAUGAUCAUGAAAAGGAUGUGAUAGGAAGAGAGAAGCUUGUUUACAAUUCGGAGUUGGAUCUCAACUACAUGAUGAGCAAGAGAAGAGUUCCUAACGGUCCAGAUCCUAUUCACAACAGGAGAGCUGGGAACUCCAAACGACCACCCGGACGAGCUUAGGCAUCUUAGUUUGAGAAGCUUCUGCAAGCAAAACGAUGAGACAAGAUGUCUGCUGUGCGUCUUGUAUGUAUUCUUUAUAAAUGGGACUAUAAAAUGCUCCUGGUCGUGAUGAAUUUGUUUGACAAUCCCAGCAUCAAGUCUUUUUAUUUAUUUUUUUUA